AUGGUGGUGUUGUGGUUACUCUGCAGUCCUGUGAAAAGCUGGAGCAACAUUGGAUUUCAAGGCUCAAUUCCUCACUAUGCAAAACGCACCCCAAACCUCUCUGACCAGACUAAUGAUCAGACCCCUGAUCAGACCCAUGAUCAGCCUGCACCAAGCUGUUCUGCCGCGGGAGUAACUGUGCAUGCCCAGGAGGUGCUGGGGUCCAGCCAAGAGGCUCUGCAUGUGACCAACCGCACAUACCUGAAACGGGACUGGUGUAAAACUCAGCCGCUAAAACAGACUCUGCAUGAGGAGGGCUGCAUCAGUCGCAUAAUCCUCAACAGCUUCUGCUAUGGUCAGUGCAACUCCUUCUACAUUCCUCACCAGGUCAACCAAGCAGAAAGUGCCUUCCAGUUCUGCUCAUUCUGCAAACCCAAACUGUUCACUGUGGUCACUUACACACUCAUGUGUCCCAACAAGAUCCCCAGAACCAGACGGAAACAUGUGCGUCGCAUCAAACAAUGCCGCUGCACUUCAAUAGACCUGGAUUAA